AUGUCUUACCAGCAGCAGCAGUGCAAGCAGCCCUGCCAGCCUCCUCCUGUGUGCCCACCCCCAAAGUGCCCUGAGCCUUGUCCUCCUCCAAAGUGCCCUGAGCCUUGUCCCCCUCCAGUGUGCCCUGAGCCUUGUCCCCCUCCAGUGUGCUAUGAGCCAUGCCCCCCUCAGCCAUGGCAACCAAAAUGCCCUCCUGUGCAACCUACACCAUGUCAGCAGAAGUGUCCACCCAAGAACAAGUGA